AUGAGUUUAGUGGAGGUCAAAAAUAUGGCAAGAGUUACGAGAGUCUUGAAGAGAAGUUGCAUGGGUGGGUUUGAGAUCUUCAAGGAUAGUAGUAACUACUUACUUGGGUUGAAUGAGUAUGAGGAUUUGAGCCAUGAGGAAUUCAAAAUUAUGUAUUUAGGACUAAAGGUUGAGUUUCCUAAGAGGAGGGGGUCCCCUGAAGAAUUCACUUACAGGGAAGUCGUGGAUUUGCCCAAAUCUGUAGACUGGAGAAGAAAGAAAGUUGCUGUCACUCCUGUUAAAAACCAAGGCUCCUGUGGUAGAUGUUGGGCAUUCUCAACAGUAGCAGCAGUUGAAGGCGGCAACCCUUAUUCGAUAGGCGUUGUGGAACUGAGCUGGAUCACCGAGUGGCUGCUGUUGGAUAUGGAUCAAAGGGGGGUUCGGACUACGUCAUUGUGA